CUUCGCUCCUGUAGGCGUCAGGCAAAAUGGCGGUCCCUUCUUCGUACGAUGAGUUGAAGCUUCAUCUCCAGCAGGUCCAGAAUGAUACGUCCAUUCGGCUGGAUCACACCCUCAUUGACAAGCUAAAGUUGGAGCUGACAGAGACCACGGACCGCAAAGUCCCCGCCUCCCUUCUCACCCAGAUAUCGCAGCUUCUGCCGGUUCUCCAGGAGGAUCCGACUCCUCUUACCACCCUGGGAAUCAAGGCUACGGCCUAUUUCAGCUUCACGGAGCUCCGCUCCGUCGACCCUCCCAUUGACUUCGUCGCGGGAUUCAAAGCUCCGUCGCCACCCAUCAACUUAUUGGCUCUCUCGUUGCUGAGCAAAGCCGGGAAGGUCCCAAGUGACGCUGCGAUUGUCGCGGGGGACUCGGAAUUAGUUGCUUCCCUGGUGGAUUUGUGGCUUUCGACCUCUUCAACAGCCGUCGCUCAGGCAGCGCUAGAUGCGUUAUGGGCUCUUUUGGAGAUCGAUCUAACCAGUCCCUUAGAAAAUGGUGACGAGACGGGAGGAGGACAGGGUCUAAUGUGGAGGAGACUGUUCACCGAUAAAGAUGUCUACAGUCGUCUUUUCUCGUUUUGUUGUUUGACUGAUAACGGCCCUGAUAGUCUGCCGAAACGCGAGAAGACAUUGUCACAAGGCAGGUUGAUGGGCUUUCUGGUCAAGGCAGGCCGGUUGCGAUGGGAUAUCAUCUCCAGCUCCCAGGUGUCGGAAGUCGAGACCAAAUACGACAGCCAGAGUCUUCUGCAUUUCGCUACUUGCCAAAUGGUCGAGAAGAAUGAUGUUUUGAUGCACAUGACAUUGCUGAACUUCUUCCAAGACCUCUUGGAGAUCGAUGCUCCGGGUUUGACCGCGCGCACGUUUGUACAGUCGGCAUCCACCUUUUCUUCUCCCGCCCUUGACUUCUUGAUCGCUCACAAUCUGCAUUCGACUCUUCUGGGCUACUAUCUGGAUGAAUCGAAACUUGACCCCGUGGAUCUGAAUUACCUUUCCGGGCCAAUUACGGCUUACGUCGCGCAGUAUGCCGAAUUGUACCCCAAUCAUUUCUUGCAGAACCCCCAAGGCCUGUUGGAUCAGAUCCUGUCUCGCAUUACUGCUUCCGUGGCGAUCUCCUCAGCACGGUGGGCGCAUGGACCCGCGCCGAGUGGACAGCUGAAUGUUCUUUCCAGCCUUCCUCGCGUGAUGCUAGUGGAGGCCAGCAGACAGGGGUUGAACCCCGUGCUUGCCCUGCCCUGCAGCCCGGCCAAUAAGGAGGCGCUCGAUGCAUUGGGCAAGAUUCUUCAUGGACCGCCAAAGCUGGAUCUGGCCGACUCCAUGGAGCUGAACACGUCCGGUCAAACUGCCACAGACUGGCAUAAAGAAGCCGCCGCCGCCCGGGCCUUGUACUUUAUGUACUUGAAUCACCGCCCUGGUUUCUGGACGGACAUCGUAGCCGCAGCCGAUGUGUUGGCCAUGAAAGACGUUUCUCUCGCGGCGAUCUCAUUCAUGAAGAGCAUCAUCACCGCCAACUGGCAGGAAUUGUCCGGCGACGUGAUCUCGUCCGUCCCCGGAACUACGCGGUAUCAACUCCCGUCAGAGCAAGGUCUGGGUAACCUCUCGCCAGCUACGCAAGGAAUCCUGCCUGCGACCGGAGUAUGGGCAACGCUGACACCUCCGGCCUUGACCACUCUGCUGCCGUAUCUCUUCAAGCCGCCCCGCUCGUACUCCGAAUUCGUCGGCGGCGGAGCUGCAGACCCGCAGAACGUCGUGUGGAAAGUCGCCACAGCGAAAUAUGAGGUCUUAGUAGCCUUGUAUGAGGGACUCAAUGAUUUGAACGGAGAAGUGCCAGGGUUCGAGGACAUCGUGAAAACGCUCAAGCAGCGAGUGAACGAAGGACCAUGGGGGCCUGUCACGCAGAACGGAAGUCGGGUGGAGACCGUCAACCUAUGAGGGAUUUAUGUAUUAGCAUUCGUGACUUGCAGUUUUUCUUCUUCAGAUACCUUUCAGUCAAUCAGCAUCAUGACAUGAACU